GGGGUUGGGCUGCGAAUCAUAGGAAUGGGCAGUUUGGCACCAUUAAAAAUAUGCUUAUCCAGAAGAGCUCGCUGGAUCGAGCCAUGUAUACAAAUAAAUUUUAAAAUAUCGAGUACGGCAACACCUAAUACCAUAACCUAUGCUUUGCGUCGAAAUAAUAUAAAUCAUACGGAUUGAGGAACAGCUGUGGAUUAAGGAAGUGAGAUGAAAGGAAACAAAGAAUUGAGUUGGGCCUUUCCACAGUUUGAUAGCCUGCAGCUGAUAAACGCCAAAUAAAAUGUUGAAAACCAGAGCAAAAUUUUCAAUAAAAAUGUUAUAAAUUCCUAAAUUUUCAAGUGGAGAGGUUAAAAUUUGAAGUGCUGUUAAAAUGUACAAAGUAAAUCGAGUGCGGUUUGUCUCCGAGUAAAUAAGACAACAGGCACGGCUCAUGUCCAGCAGUUGAGGAGGCGCCCCACGCAACUUUUUGAGGUUGACAGCAAUCUUGGUGAAAUAACAACGUCUAUAACCUAAAUUUGACUUCGUGGGAGGAAGAUUGUCAAUGGGAGAAAAUUGAAGACACCCCCUUCCUCUGAUCAAUGUUCUAAGAAGAUCUGUUUUUACGCACCACCCUACGAAUAAGUCCUUUGAAUCUGUUGCAGGAUUUCACUUUUCUGCACAUACAGUGAAGAUCGAUUUUGAGGUUUCCGUGUAAUAAAUCUACCACAAUCAUGAAGUCAUUCCUGAAGAAAACAGACAAAUCUUCUGAAUCAAAGACACCUGAAAAAUCAUCCAAAAAAGCUGGAGGCAAACAACCAGCCAACAAAGAUAAUUCGCAGAAGACCGCCGUAAAAGAAAUACCAGUGACAAAAUCAAGAGAGUGUUUGAUGAAAUGCAAACACAAAGCAAAAGACAAGAAAGAUGGAAAGAAAAAACCUGAUAACGUUCUGCAACGAAUAUUCAUGAAAAAUGAGCAACCCAAAAAAAUUAGCUUCGGAUCCAGUUUACUCAAUAUGAACGCAAUACUCGAAAAGAAAAAUACCCAUGCAAGACGACAAAAAUUGCUAACGUCUAUCGCGAGUGAUCAGAAUCUAGCGAACUUCGAUGAGGUUGAACGUCGGGUACUCCGAGAACGUUCGAUCGGAAGGAAAAAAGGCUCUUCUCGUUCAGACUCUACAGAAAUUAAACAGAAUCAUGUAGUUUCCGAAAAUUGUAAGUUUCAUGAACAUGUCUCCGAUGUGCGGGACUUUACCUCUGAACAAUUUAAAGAUUAUGAAGAAAAUGACGCUCGUAAAGAUGGUCAAGAUGUAAAAAAUAAUCAAAUCACAUGCCCUGGCAAGCUGAAUUUUGGUGUACUCAAGGACAUGAGAGAAGUCGAGAGAAAAAAGCAUCACCAAAAUACAGCCAAUACUGCUUCGAAUUCCGACAGUAACCCUAUAAUAGUUGAAAGUAGAAAUGCAAUAUUAGAACCCCAAGAAGAAAGCGAAUCACAAAAUUUGGAGGAUGUAUUGGGUGACUCUAGAAGUCAGCAAAAACUCUCUGAGUUACAAGCAAGCAAUGAGGAAAUUUUUCAGGAGACUGCGCCAAUAUUCAGUCGAAUAGGAAGUGAGUGCACUCUAAGUCUUCUUGAACCUGACUACAAAAAAAAUGAGAAUGAGAACAUAAAGGUUGUGAUCUCUUGCAAUGAGCAACAUUUAAUUAUACCUGUAAAUAAUACUACUACAAUUUUUGAAGGAGCUGAGUCAAAACUCAGUCAAAUAAAAUGUGAGCGCACAAAAAAUCUUGUUGAGCCUGAACACGAAAAUGAUGAGGGUGAAAAUACGACAAACUUUGAUAAUAUAAUUACUCCUAUGAAUAUUUCUCAUCCAAACUCGAGUGACGAAAACAAGAAUAGUUAUCUGAGAAGUUAUCACAAGCGACAACAAAGAAAUUCUCCUCAAGAAUCUCUCAUUUUCAAAUUGCAAAACAGUCAUAGUAAUCAUCUGCUUGACUUUUUAAAAGGUAAUAACUUGCCCUCAGAUUUGGAGGAUCGUAAACGUUUGGUGACUGAUACCAUCGAUAGCAUCAUAAGCAAAGAAAUUCCCUCGAGUAAAGCAGGAGUCAUCGUUAAGGAGACCACAAGUCUGCAACAACCUGGUUUAUGUAACCAUGGUCGAUCGCAUACCCUCCAAAAACCUACCAUGAUAAAAUUUCAAAAUAUUGAUAGUGAUUAUCACUCGCAGGAUGUUGAAAGAAAAUCUCCUUCUAAAACUUUACAAUCCCAUCAAUCAGAACCUUUAGAAAUUGAUAACGAUCUAGAUUUAUGUGCCGAAGAUAAUAAAGAGAUCACUAAUAUUCAACAUGACUUAAAUGUGGAAUGUCUUAUUUUGGAGACAGCGAUUGAAUCAACCCGCGAAAAAUCGACGAGUAGGGUGAACGAAAUUGAAACGGGGAUACCGGACGGUGAUUUUAACAAUGUAAUCUGUAUGAACACGGAGAAUGUUUCUCGAGCGGUCAGUAAAAGCCUCGAAGAUGCUAUAAAUUACCCUCGUAACUUGAGUCACUCUCGUAAGCCUAUAAUUUCUGAUAGUAUUCUUAGAAGUUCUAAAAAAGGUGGCUCGAAACGUGAUCAAUACUUAGAGAAUCGUUUUCAUAAAAUAAUUCCAACCCAAUCCAAAGAAAGAAAUUAUUUUUCCGAUCCACUUUCAAAACAGGUCUAUGGGGACGGCUCGGCAGUUUUGCCAUCUGAACCUCGUGUUCGCGAUGAAAUAACUUAUUUAGAGAGAUUCAGCUCAAAAAACUCAAUACCUUGGGUCCCCUCAGAAUUGAGAGAUCGCCCAGCGAGUGCGGAAAAAAUUUCCACCAGGCAUUUUGCAGAAAGAGACACACAUGAGAUUGAGUUAGUUACUAAUUUCGUCGACUAUUUUGAUCAUAAACCCCCAACAGAGUCUCCGAAUCAACAUGUAAAAAGUUUCGAGUUGCUUAAUCCUUUCCAAAAUUUGGAAGAACUGUUCAAACCGUGUUAUAAAGAACUGAUCACUCCGAGAGAUACUUCUCAACCGUGCAUAGUAGUUUACAACGACAAAAAUUUUAAUUUCUCACCACAAGCCUUAAUCGAAAAAGUUAUCAAGAUGGGUGAAAAAUCUAGCGGAAGAGAGGUAGACAUAGGUUUAUCAGAUACUUUUCUAGACGAAAUAAGAGAUGUUUGUCAAGAGGUAUUUGAAGCGAAAAUGCGAGAUUUGCAAAAAAGAACAAUUGCAACUGAGCGUCGUGGAGACAUUUUUACUGGUGCAGAUUGUGGUGGAGACAAUGACGGAAUAGUUCCCGGUAAGGAGAUAAAAUCUAGUGAUUCCAGCAAGAAAAGGCAUGAGAAUAACAAAAAACGCAGUUCUGAAAACAGUAAAACUAGUCUGGACCAGAAAACAGAAAUCACUCUGAGUAAUCAUAAAUUUCACAUUGAAACUCCAAACCAAUCAAAAAUAAAAACUGAAAAUGGUACACGUAUUAAAAGUGAUGCCAGAGAACCACUCAAAGAUUCAGCUUCGACCUAUCAAGAAGAGAAAAUUGCAGCUGUCAAUUUUUCAAAAAAUCAAAUUCAAGACGAAAAUUCUGAAGAUCUUAGAUUGACAAAAAUAGAGCCAGCUUUAGAUACUGCGGAGAAUCUCAAUGAUAAUAGACAGAAUGGAAAUUUAGGCGAUUGUCUUGGAGCAAGAGGAAAUGCGAAAGUAAUAUGUCAUAAACCUGAAUUGACAGGUGAAGGGUUGAAUUCAACUCCUCGGUCAGAGCGUAAAAAAAGCAUAGUCAGAUUUGAUUGUUCCGAUGAGCAACCAGAUGAUACCGAAGGAAACUUAAUCAUAGACACAAUUUGCUACAGUGAACAUGGGGGAACCCUGAAGAGGAAGUUUAGCUAUGACCAUUGGGUAACCAUCAGGAAGCGAAAGGUUGACGAUCACCUUUUAAAAGAGGAGAACUUGUUGAGGAGAUCAAGCGUCCCCAGUCUUCCGAAGACACCUAAAAAUUCAGCAUGCGACUGUGAUGGAUGGAUAUUUGACUCACUAGAUAGUAAAUCGCAAAACUUGUCACCAAGAAUAAGCUCUCCAUUGGACUCAGGGCAGCAAAACAAUGUUUCACAUCGAAAUAAAAAACUCUCACUGUCAAAAAGCUCUCUACGCGAGAGAGGAAAACAUAACUCAAUAGACACUACGACAAAGAAAUUAAAUUUAGAGCUGAAAUUUGAAACAAAUGUUCAAAAUGAGAGCAAGAAUCCAGACAAAAUCUUCCCUGGUACUAUUGACCAUGCUAACAAGCAAAAUCAACUUAUUUAUGAGACUGUGGAGAACAUGGAGUCCAAUAAGUAUUUGAAUAAAAUAAUGAAGACUGAAGAUAGUAGUGCGGAUGGAUGCAGUUUGAAUUGCACGGAUGCCGUGCUUCCAAUUGAAAACGCAUCAUUAAGCCUCAACGUCAAACAGAAUCAAUGUUCCGAUAGUUCCGCGCAGACAAGUCGGACAUUGAUUUCCGAGAAAAGUGAACUUACUUCGGAGGGCACAACUUCAACACCGGUGACCAACGGUGCGGAAAAAAGCGUCAAGAACAAAAGUCAAAACAAUAUCAAAAAGAAAAAUAUACAAAUAAAAAAUGGUGACGUUAUAACUACUCGCUUCGGUACUGAAGUUAUUUGUCGGCGUGAAAGUAAGCAGAGUAUUUUGAGCGCCACUGAGGGAGUUCUCAAAGUCCCUGCAGCUCAUACGAAAAAGAAGCAAAAUGUAACUGUCCUCUUCGAAGAAGUACUCCCUCCACCUAGCAAGCGAAAAAAUGUACGAUCAUUUAACAUAAAUGAUUUAGGAGCUCAGAGCCCACCGACAAAAUUAGAUGUAAAAAAAAAAUUACCAUUAGUGUUCAGUUCUAUGCAAAGUUCUUUUAAGCUCCAAAUAUUACCGCCGGUUACGAAACGGCAAGAUUUCCUCAACAAAUUGGUCAAAGAGUCCACUUCACCGGCAUAUCUUAAUCCUCUAGAGGCUCCUCAGGAUAAAUUGGACUCAUUCGUCAUGACUCCUCCAAAAAAAUUUCCAUUGAGAAAUGAAAUUUCAAGAAGCAGGUCACCUUUAGGCAAUUUGGCCAACAGUGGCAAUCUAGGAGUGCUUAAGAAGAAAGGAAGGGAGAUUCAAGAACCAGAAACAUGCAGUCCAAACACAGUUGCGGAUAACGCAACGUCUCAAUCUGCCAGGACACCUAAAUCCCAUAAAAUUGUCAAAAAGGAAACGAACACUUCCAAUGAUGAGCGCGCUGACUGCACUGAACUUUACUUCCGCCUGGGUCAAAAAUUUAAAUCUGGGAAAAGAUUCCAUACUGAUGACAUAAUUACUGACUCGGAAAGUGUUUGCGUCAGUAGUGUAAAAAGUAGAAAAUCAGUUACAUCAAGUGUAUGUGGUAAUUGCGGAAGCUGUGCCGAUGACUCAUACUACACAACGAAUGACAGUACGAUUGACUCAAAAGAUUCUGAUCUGGAACAAUUUUUUAGAGCACUGCGCAUGAAGUCCAUUAAAUGUGAGAGUGAAGGCCAUAUUUGCACCACCGACUCAAGCAAUCUCAUGUUAACACACAGAACCGCCAGUUCCUUUCAUAUCCUUUCAAACGUUAAUAUAUUUAGGCAGAGUAGCCGAGAUACCUGCAUAGCUUGUGAAGCAGCAAAGUUGGAAGAAAAUAAUCCUAAAUCAAAUAUUCCAAGAGGUAUUUGCAACACACCAGAAAAGAAAAUGAAGAAAAAGCAAGACAGUAAACAUACCGUCCAUUUUGAGCCAAAAUUCACCGCUAACAAAACAGACCUAAAGUCCAUUAACCCGGUGCAAAACUGCACAUCUUUUAUUUUUCAGCAGACGAGCGACUUGCAUAUUCUACAGCAGCAUUCCAUGAGAGUGAAAUCAGCGCCGAGUAUCUCCAACUCUGAAGAUCAGAAAACUGGAGGAGAAAUCAAUGGAAACGAGCUUGUAUCAGGAAUAAAGAUCACCUCUGUUGGGCAUAAAUCUCUCUUCAAAAAUCCAUCUUCAAUGCACGUCAGUCGAUCAUUUUCUUACUGUCCCUCUUUUGAUGGAGCUCAGACUUCUAAAGGACGAGGGAAAAUUGAGCAUGAUAAGUUAGAUGCCAACAGCAUGCUGGUCUUCCCGGCAACCGGUUCGCCGGCUCGCGUCUAUAUCAACACACCGGGAAUGUAUCAGUUGCACCUCUUUGUGCCGACAGCUGAGGAGGCGCAUGUUCCGGAGAAAAAAGAAACCGAGAGAACAAAGCAAUACGAUCGAUUUGCUACCUAUUACUGAAAAAAUGUCGGCAUUUCGGGAAAAAUGAUCACAAAACGAUUUUCGUUCCAAAAUGUGUCUUCUGUUUAAGGAUAUUUGUUGGUAAUUAUUUUUAGUAAAUUUUUUCCUUAUCAUUUAUUCGAAAACUUCGCUUGUCAUCUACAGCAAACUUUAAUUUUUUUUUUAAAAAAAUAAAGUAGAACUUGAUUUCAGAAAAAGAAAUGAAUGAAAGGCAUUUCUCUUUAAAGUUUACACCCCCAAAAAUUUUACCUAGGUUGAAGACAAAGAGCUUGUUAAAAAAGGGCAUGUGCCCGCAGAGACUUCUUUCAUUUCUGUCCCAAACAAGACCUUAUGAUGAAACAAUCCUCCAGUGACAGUUUUGGCUUGAGUUCAACUGUAGGCCGCCUUCUCUCUUAAUGAUAUUAAUAUGUAUAUUUCACAAGUAAUAUACUCUUUGAAUCGGGUUACCUGUACAAAAGGAGUGUGUCGUGCCUGUUGCAAAUUUCUUAGACUUUGGUGUAAGCUGUUCCUUUAUAUUAUCAAUCAAAAUUUAGCAAUGUGGUCACUGGUUUCCUGUUUUCUAUCUAUUUAUUUUUGUAUUCCUCUCCAAGUGUUGUCUUAUGUCUUUCUGAGUCUUGAUUGAAAUUUCCAUGUUUUUUUUACAUGUUUUACUCCCUCAUUUGAUGUGUCACCACUUCUCCGUUUCUAUUAUGUUGAUCUUUUUUGGAAACUUAAAAGGUGUUUUAACUAAGUCGCGGUCUUUAAAUUUAACGUUUUGUCUUUACAAAUAUAUUUUUUCAACGGUU